CCCCAAAAGAGAUCACAUUUCAUUCCGAGAUCGAGAAUGGUGAGCAGUGCCUCGACAGAUGCUAGUCGGGCCGUGGACGCAGGCAAUAGAGCGCAAGCUGGAUCUGCUGCGCCAGUGCGAACAAGUAAGUCAUGCGCUUUCACUUCAAGUUGGUGUUUUAUUUUAUUAGUAUUUAUUGCGUUUUCAAAGGUCAGCGACAGACAGUCAAGCACGUGGCUACGCUACCAAGUGUUGAAGCUGCUAUUGGUCUGAUGGCUCUGCCUUUGAUGGUCGAGGAUGGAAAGGCUUCUUCUGGGCUUGGAAGCGCAGCUGGAUCCGUUAGCGACGGCGGAAGCAACAGCAGUGGCGAAGGUAGCAAGCGUAGUGUUAAAAGCGCCGAGAUGACUGCAAGGGCAGCUCACGCACUUGCGGGCAAGGUCGCCAAGUCGCAGCGCCGCCGUGAGGUUUACAAGCUCCGUGUUCGCCAAGCUGCUCAUGCGCGCAAGUUCAAGAAGUCCAAGAAAAACUAAGGGAUUUCAAGUCACGCCCAACUGCUCGCGCGUAAGUUAAUGCGAAAGUUAUUCGGGUUUUAUGGGCAGUAUUUAGUAGGCGUAAGAACGAUGAAUUGUUCACUUUGUGGUAUCUGUAAAAGUAGGAUUCCUUCGUAAUUUUGCAACAUGCAGUUAAGUUAUGAGUCAGUUGUUGGUUCUGGUGUGAUAGCUA